UUUGUCGACAAAGCAGUUGAAGCUUGAUUGUUGGCUUCUUGUGCUUGUCGGGCGUUUAGCACAUUUAUUUCAUUUAAAUUAAAUAAUAAAUGACAUUUAAGAAGCGCUAGACAUUGAACCUUGUGUCGUUGCUAAAUUAAUUUAUUAGAAAUUUAUGUGAAAUUACCAGUUGCAAUCAUAUAUUGUGAAAUGAGUUCUGUCGGCACGCUACGGGAUUUUCAAACAUUAGGCUGCCUGGAUCAGUUAAAAUGUGCAUUGGGCGCUCGUGUAUAUUUGGACUUGGAAUGUGAUAAGCGUGUAACAAACUUGGAAAAGUUUUAUGACUCGGAUUUGAAUUUAAUAUACUUACAAGGCAAACGAACUGAUACCAUUGUCACUUUUGUACCGGUUCUAUCGAGUCAACCGUUAAAUUUUAUUGAAAUUGAAAAAAUUCAGAAAAAGCUAUCAACGGAUGCGUCGAAAAGCUGCAACAUUACGCUGGCUAUAUGUGAUACGUCAUCAAAUAUUUUAUAUUAUCAAAUAACAACGGGUGUGGUGAAUAAAGAAUAAAAGAACUCAAAAAUUAAGAAGUAGUUUAUUACAACUUAAAAGGGAUUGCGGAGGGGAGAAAAAAAUAUUUUUUAAAAAAUAUGGUCAAUAAAUGCCACAAUCUCUUAAAAUCAAAACUGCACAUUUUUGUUGGUGUUAAUAUGAAUCACUCGUUUAAAUUUUAUUAAAUAGCAAUGAAAAUUGGAUUUUCUUAAUUGUUACAAUUUCAAUGAACUUUUAAUAUAUUGUAUAAUAAUAAAUGUAUGUAUGUAUUUACAUUUAUAAUUCCGAAAUUAUGCAAGACAACUCCUUUUUCU